GCACUUUAUAAUAAUAAAAAUAAAUGCCAGGGAGUAAAUCAAAAUACAAACCAACUCUUCGGACUUCACAUCUUGACCUCAUCUGUGGCAAAAAGAGAAACAGAGAUGAUGAUUAUGAAAACAGAGACUCUAACGUAAUGAGUGCCAAAGAUGAAAAUACUGUCCAAAGGAAGCUCAAAAGAGGUAUUAGGAACGCGAGAAGGACAGUGCCAAAUCCCGCCGAAGUUGCUUCUGCCUCAAAAAAUUUCUUUUUAGUCUCCUCAAACGGGAAAUUCACCUCACAGUCUAGAUUCAAGACUGACGUUGGGAAAAUUUCUCAUUCUGAGAAGAACAAAUUAUCUUCAAUUCUGGGAAAGGCUGAUUUAGACUUUAUUCAGCUUCUCAAAGAGGAAGAGAACAAUGACGCUCUUCGCGAAUUGGAAGAAUUCCCGGUUCCAGUUGAGAAUAUAUACAAUAACCCACUUAUAACAGGAAGCCAGCUUGGGAGGGGAGUUCAAGUAACCCUCGAGUUCAAGAACAAUAAAGUCAGGAGAAGGGUCAACGCUGAAGAGGAACAAGAGAUCGAAGAUGACCAAGAAGAGGAAAUCCUUGAUGAUUACAGACACCUUCAUGAAAAACUUCGGGAAGUUGAGAGAAAGUACAAAAAGCCAUCUGAAGAAAUCGCUGAUAUUUAUGUCAAAGUCAGCGGGGAUUUUGAGAACCUUGAGAGAUACUUCCAAGGAGAGAAUGUUAUCCUCUGGUCAUAUCUGGAAGACCUUGCCUUGACCAAAUCGGAAGACUCGAUGGAAUACAAGUGUUUGAUAGAAUCUAAGGGAAAAUCAGAGAUUGAGAAAAGAAAGAGGUUCUUAUUAAAGUCUGAACAGAAUGAUCCAGAGUAUUAAACAUGCUAAGGUCAAUCUACUAGCUCUUCCUUGUGUCCAGGCUCA